AUGAACGGAGUUUCUGUCGAUAUCAACCAUCUCAAGAAAGGCGAAGUCAACUUGGGUACCUCGAUCAUGGCCGUCACUUUCAAAGACGGUGUGAUUUUGGGGGCCGAUAGUAGAACCACCACCGGUGCUUAUAUUGCCAACCGUGUCACUGACAAAUUGACCCAAGUAUACGACAAGAUCUGGUGUUGUCGUUCAGGGUCUGCUGCUGAUACACAAGCAAUCACUGAUAUUGUGCGUAGUUAUUUGACGUAUCAAGUGGGGUCUGAUAAUUUUGAGCGUCCUGCUAGCGUGAACGUUGCUGCUUCGAUCUUCCAGGAAUUAUGUUACAACAACAAAGACAACUUGACUGCUGGGAUCAUCUGUGCUGGUUACGAUGAAGAAAAACAACAAGGUGAAGUGUAUUCCAUACCCAUUGGCGGGUCGAUUCAUAAACAAGAUUUCGCGAUCGCUGGGUCUGGGUCUGGGUUUAUCUAUGGGUACUGUAACGAGAAUUUUAGAAAAAACAUGACCAGAGACGAAACCGUCAACUUCAUUAGAAAAUCCUUGGGUCAAGCCAUCAAAUGGGAUGGUAGUUCUGGUGGGGUCAUCAGAAUGAUUGUUUUGACAAAAGCAGGAAUUGAAAGAUUGAUUUUUUACCCUGAAGAAACAUACUUGGUUCCAAAAGAAUUCGAAAUCCCUCAGGCUGCUUAA